AUGGAUCAUAAUGAAAAAACAAUCAAUAAUACUGAAUCAGUUCAUUAUGUUACAAAUUAUGUAACAUUUCCAUCAAUUAAAGAUCCUAUUUAUCAUACAAGUCAACAAAAUAAUUACAUUCAUAAUAAUAAUGAUUAUUAUCGUAAUCUUCAUCAUCAUGAUCACUAUCAUCAUCUUCAUCAUCAUUAUGAACAUAAUCAUCUUGAUCCUUCUCAACAAAGACAUCAUUCAUCUUAUACAGAUGAACAACUAUUUCAAAUAAAUGAUACACCUUCAAUGACUACUACUAAUAAUACAACAUCAUAUAUGGAAGAUAUCAAUGAUAAUGAAUUAUCUUUUAAUCAUAAUGUAACUAAUGCUUCAGCAACUGCUACUGCAGCAGCUAUGGCAGCAGCAGCCGCAGCUGCCGCCGCUGCUGCAUCUGCUGUAGCAGUAACAACUGGAGUUGUUGUCACUUUACAUAAUACAGAUUAUUCUAUCAAUUCUUAUAUUCAUCAACCUAACUUAUCAUGUUCAUCAAAUUAUAAUUAUUAUCAAUAUUAUUUAAAUGAUCCACAAUAUCAACAUCAUCAUGAAUCCAUUGAUUUAUUCACAUUACAUCCUAAUCAUCCAAUACAACAACAACAACAACAAGAUAUUGAAGAUGUUAAUAACAGAAUUGAUACUACUAUUACACCUACUACUUCUAACAAUAAUCAUAGUAGUAAUGAUCCUUUAGUAGAUACAACAAAAUAUACUAUUCGACAUUCAAAUGAUAAUCGUCUGAAAUCACAAACAAAAUUAUCUAUUUCUGAUGAUAAUGAUGAUGAUGCUGAUGAAGAUGUAAAAUGUCGAAAUCAAAAUAUACUUAAAUCUGGUAUGUUAUGUCUUAUAUGUGAAGAUAAAGCAACAGGUAAACAUUAUGGUGCUUAUUCAUGUGAUGGAUGUAAAGGAUUUUUUCGACGUUCUGUACGUCGUAAACAUUCAUAUACAUGUCGUCAUAAGAAAAAUUGUAUUGUUACAAAAGAUAAACGUAAUCAAUGUAGAUUUUGUCGUUUUCGUAAAUGUUUUCGUGUUGGUAUGAAAGAAUCUGAACGUGAUAAAAUAAGUAAUCGUCCUACAACUUAUGAUCCUAAUUCAUCAAUUCAUUCAAGUAUAGAUUUACAAAAAUUAUUACAAGCUGAAGCAAUAGCUAAUUGUGCAAUUCAUCAAAAUUAUAUUAAUAUCACUAAAAAAUCAUCAGAUUUAUAUAAUGAACAAUCAAAUUAUAAAGAAUUAAAUGAAAAUAAUUUAGCUAAUAUUAAUGAUAUUUGUGAAUCAAUACGUACUCAAUUAAUAUUUUUAAUUGAAUGGGCUAAAAAUCUAUCCGUAUUCACAUCAUUAACAAUUAAUGAUCAAAUUGCAUUAUUACAAGCACAUGCUGGUGAAAUGCUUAUUCUUGGUGCUAUAUGGCGAUCAAUUACAUUAGGACCAACAUUGAAUAAAUCAAAUGAAUAUAAAAUAGAAAAAUCAAAAUAUUUUGAACAAAAAAUUAAUCAAAUGACAAUACAUCUAUCAAUGAUACUAUAG